UAUUGACUCUGCCAACAGAAGCUUUAACCCAUUUUCACUAGGCGCUUGUGGCUGUGCUAUUCACUGCGAACGACAUGGAACCAGAUAGGCUUGCAAACGAACUCGUCUGAAUUGCUUGUGAAGGAAAUACAAUGUCCAAUUUUAAGGACACAAACUCUACCCCAGACGGGUAUAGGGCUCUAAACAUGAGUGAAUUGCAGGAGCUUUUACAAGAUAAGGAAAAAAUGGACCAGAUCGUCCGGCUCAAUGAGAAGUUUCAGGAGCUGCAGGUGGACAGAGCGAUCCUGCUGACCUCCAACCGGAGCCUGGCCGAGGAGAGCAUCGCCAGGCGACCCCGCCUCAACAUCGGAAAACUCCAGCUUGCCGAGAAAUACAAGGAGCUGGCCAAUCUGGCAACCAUCUGUUGGGAAAAACAGAGCCGGCUCGUGCCCCACACACAGAAGCACAGCCUCCAAACAGCACAGAAUCUUCUCCACGAAGAUGUGGCGCGUGCUGAGGAACAGUCUGAGGACCUCCUGGAGAAGUUCAUGGAGGGGAAGUUGCCCUUGGAGGGGUUCCUGGACUCCUUCCAAAGCUCCAGGAAAAGAUACCACAUCCGCCGUGUUCAGGCAGAGAAAAUCCAGGAGCUCAGCCGAGCCAAAGAGAAUUCCAGCAAAAAGCUAGAGGAGCGAGAGGACAAGGCGCGGGAGGUGAAGAGAGACGAGCACCCUGAAACCCAGCAGCCCAUCAGCUUCGUGGCCCAGGGCCCGCCCCGGGUCUUCCAGCUCCGCUACGGCCUCACCCCCGCCAUCCUGCUGCCCCACUUCUCCCUGCCAACCACCUUGCCCUCUGCCCCGUCCCACGCCAGUCUACCUCCGCUGGACUCACAGCCGGGCCAGACCCACAUCCUGAGCACAAAUGCCCAGUUCUCGGGACAUGGGCACCCUGUGAACCUACGGGUCAUUGGACAAUUACCCGGUGGCUGGCCAACCAGACCGGUGCGGUUACAGCAGCUCUAUAGACCCGCCACUCACCAGCCUGAGCCUCUAUAUCGAUAGCUGAGGCAUGGGCCCUGGAGGUCUCUAGACAUGGAACCAAACAGCGGCUACCAGACUCAUGCACGCAAAGAUGGCCUUUGAAUACUUUGUGGAAUUGAUCUGACAUAUACGUUCUCCAGCCAUGACACAAAAUGUUAACAUAGCUAAAAAGGGAGAUAACCAGAAGCCAUUAAGCAUGGAGUAAGUGUAGUUGAAAGCAAGCAAGUUAAUGAAUGAAUGAAGGAGCAACAGGUUGUGGUUUUCAUUGUUGUUCGUUUUUUUCUUUGAAUGUUACACUGUCAGGGCGUCACAUGGUUGUGAAGCACAGCAAUGAUAUGAAAUGUCUCAAAUGGAGUAGUGCCUCCGGGUUGUCAUAAAGGACCCCAUUGUCCAUUCCUGCGACUUAGAACUGCAAGGCUUCUAUGAAAUGGCCUGGUGUCAUUUUGCUGAUGAUCAAUAAAGUACAAAUGGUGGUGUUUAUUAUUAA